AUUUAACUUCCGCUUUCCUACGCCAAGGUGUAUCAUUCCAAGGGUUACCGGAGUGUAUGUGAUUUCCUGGUCGUUGGUCGGGUUUUCCAGCGGUAUUUAAAGUGAACUCUUAUCAAGGAUGCAUAAAAUAUUCGGUAAAAAGAACAAAAGUAAAGACAAUCUCGUGGAAUAUUCACAAAAUUCUACGGGAAACGAUGGACCCCGCCCUGCGGAGGGGAGCACCACACCUGAUACGAAUGGUACUACGCAACAACAAUCAGCCGUACAGAAAAAUGAACCUCCUCCCCAGCCGCCCCGGCCCAAGCUGGUGUUCCACUGUCAGCAGGCGCACGGAAGCCCCACGGGAAUAAUUUCUGGGUUCACCAAUGUCAAAGAAUUGUAUCAGAAAAUAGCUGAUUGCUACGAUUUACCCGUUUCUGAAAUACUCUUCUGUACCCUAAACACACACAAAGCUGACAUGUCCAGACUACUGGGUGGUCAGAUUGGUUUGGAGGAUUUCAUAUUCGCCCAUGUCAAAGGUCGUCCUAAAGAAAUGGAGGUCACAAAGUCACAAGACGCUCUAGGGCUGACUAUAACAGACAAUGGUGCAGGAUAUGCGUUUAUCAAACGAAUCAAAGAAGACAGUAUUAUGGACAAACAAGAACUGAUCUCAGUGGGUGAUCAUAUAGAAAAAAUUGAUGGCAAAAGUUUAGUGGGCUGCAGGCAUUUUGAGGUGGCCAAAAUGUUGAAGGAUAUUCCCAAAGGAACAACAUUUAUCGUUCGUGUAGUGGAGCCCAUGAAGUCAGGAUUUUCAUUUGUGGAGAAAUCUAGUGGGAAAAAGGGCAGCGGAAAUAUAGGGUCAGGCAAGCAGACGUUACGACUACGAGCGUCAGGACCCGCAACUGUGGAAAUCCCUGAUGAUGUUGUGAAUGUGGCGGUGGACAAAGUCAACGGUCUGUUGGAAUCAUUCAUGGGAAUCAAUGAUACAGAAUUAGCUCAAACAAUUUGGGAGUUGGGAAGCAAGAAAGACAACCCAAGUGAUUUUGCAUUGGCAAUGGACAACUCGGAACUCAAAGAAUUUGGUUUUACUGAUGACUUUGUUUUCGACCUUUGGGGUGCAAUUUCUGACGCAAAGAGUGGCCGACUAACUAAGGAUGUGCAGGAAUUCAAUGAACAGUUCUAGGGACCCCGCUAGGGGUUAUGGUAUAAACUUUACAAAAGCCGUGGUACUGUGUUGUGAUAAGUUUUGUGUACAUUCCUCUGUCAUUGUCUUAUUGACUUCACGUGAAAACAUAUCACCAUUUUUUUUUUUAAACUUAAAACUGGAACUGAAAAGCUGUGCUUUUUCCUCCAUUUAUAUUUGUGAAAGUUGUAUUUUUAUUGCUUAUAGUCAAACAUUCCUAAUCAUAUUCUUGUUGAAGGUUGAUUAUUAAAUGAUUUAAUUCUAAUGUUAUUUUUUGUGCAAAUUUUUAUUGAUUGUUAUAACUGAUUUUAAGAUUUAUACAUCAUACAUUUAUAUUGUCCAUAUGAACCUGAGGCUUUGCGAAGAUUUUUAUGAUUUGAUAUCUUGCAUUCUAAUUGAAUUGUAUGCAUUUCUGAUAUUCACUCAUACAGAAAAAAUAUGAAAUUUUUGGGUGGUUAGGUGGGAUGUCUUUUAAUUACAAUGGGUGUAUCUUUGAACUUCUUUUUAAAAAUUCAAUUUUAAUGUUUCUGAGAAAGACAAACAGAGGACCUUGUCUCAGCCAAUCAGGGUGAACGAAGCAUAUAUAAAAUUUUGAUGUCAUCACUAGCUCAUCAAAUUUCACGAAUCCAAUAGAUCGGAACUAAUGUCAUUUAAUGCUGCUUUCAUACAAUUUAUAGCUCACUUGACUUUUCCUCUCCAUCUGAUGCCAAAUGUGAACAAAUUAUGUAUGGUGUGUGUUUUAACAGGGGUAUGGCAGGCAGUUUUGUUUUCUUUCUUUACGAUGUUAUAUAAAACAACCAGUGUUUUGGAUUGUGAUUCUAUCAAUUGAUAAUGGUGCCUCUAAUGUAGAACUAUUUUUUUUAAUUAUAUAAUAUUGUGCCAUUAGUACAGCUUUGCUCUCUUUAUAAAACAUAUCAAAUAUAUUUAAAACAUAUCAAAUGCCAUGGAAUCCUGUUAAAUACAGAAUUUUGUAUGUGGGGAUAUGUAUACCUUUCACUUCUUGUGUUGAAGAUCAUUUCCACUUUUCUCGUAGAUUUGAAAGCAAGCUUUCCAGUUAAACAGUAUUGUGUUACCAACUGUAGAUUCUUAAGAAAAUUUUAAAAUGGGUCUUUCUUAAUCGAUUUAUAGACCCUCUGCAACGAAUACACGAUGGUCAGAAACACACCAUAUUAAAAUACAAUUUUUUUUGUGUGUGUGUGUGUGAUUUCCGUAUUGUUUUGGUUUUUAUGGCAAAGUAAAGAAUUUCACGAAUUUGUGUUCAGAACAUACAAGUAUUGUACUGCAUUGUGAUAUGAAAUCCAUCAUUACCUUCAUAACUGCUUUAUGUUUAGCUUUAAUUACAACAAUACAUCAACUCAGAAAAUUCAAGGCUGCUUUAUUAAUUUCAUAAUUUCCCUCCACCAUGUUUUUAUUUUGUCAUGGGUUAACUGUUCCCCCUUUUUGCUAGUCCUCAUAGAAAUAUAGAUAGUUUUGUUCGAGAUUGAAAAUCAUAUAAUGGCGAGUAGUAAAUUUAUGUUUUUGUAGAAAAAUUUUUUUUGGGUUUAAUCAUUCCAGUGAAAAGCCAUCUAUCUAUGACUGUUCCAUCGAUUCCUAGAAUCAUAUAAUUAUAGGAAAGGGUCAUGAAAUAUUGUUACGAGUGUAAUGUUUUAUGAGAAGUUUUAAUUUCUCACGGACUACAAAUGAAUCCUUUGUACUGUGUUGUUAAGAUGUCCAUUUAAUGUCAAUGGAUUUAUGUUGUGUUGACAUGUAAAGUGUAUGUCAGAUAAACUUAAAACUUAUGUAAAGUUCUAAAUCAAAUAUCAGUUAAUUUAAAGAUAUUUCUACAUAGGUUAUAUUGAUUAAGCUGACCCUAGUCUAGUCUCAAUUUCUGCUAUAGGUAGAAUCACACAGAUCAAUUAAUGAUAUUUCCCACCAAAGAUAUGCUACUUAUGAGAAAAAAAGAGAGAAAAAAAAGAACAAUUCUGUCAAUACAUAGUGAGUUUUCCAUCCUUUUCUUUCCUGUCCUUAAUCUGAUCUUGUCAGUCAGCUGACACUGGGCUAUGUGUAGGAGUGGAUUCACUGCACAGCCACUCUGCAAGAUUUUUCCUUAUUUCAUUGAAAGUCAACUUGGUAAAAACAACAUGUACUGCAUGUUUUGGGGUAAAUUUCUAUCACUUUGGAGAAUACCUUUUGAUGCAAACUUGAUUUUCUUUGUCGGUAUAGGAAAUUCACACUUCCAGAAGACUGAAGCAUAAAUGACAGGGUGCUAAAGGACCUUUUUUAUUCUGUUAACCUAUAUAAAUUUGAUUUUUUAUACCGGUUGUGACUUUAAAUUAUGGAGAUUUAAUGUAGAAGUUAGGCAUCAUAAAUGACUUUGAAAAUUAUUUAUUUGAAGUGAUGUGAUGAUGAAACUAUGUAAGCAAGUGAUGAUGCUGGCUCAUCACAAUCCAUUAAUAAAUCUUUUAAAUGAAA